CUAUUUCCGGGUUAAGUUGCGACGUUGGUGUCAAACAUGGUUGCGGCGUAGUUCUCAAUGUGACAGAUACAGACUGUUUUGUGUCAUGAUCUGUUUAACAUAAGCUCUUUAAACGAAGGGCAUUUUGAUAUUGUUGUGUCAGUGUUAUCAGUGUGUCAUCGUGAGGUUCGGAAAGGCAACAUGGUUCAUUUAUCUCCUUUUCUUCUGAAACGAUAUCAUGGAGGAUUUGUCGUCAUUAGAAUGACACUGGGCGGCUGCACAAACAGACCGUUUUACCGUAUAGUGGCAGCAUAUAAUAAACGGGCCCGCGACAGCAAGUACAUCGAACAGCUGGGCUCCUUUGACCCUCUCCCAAAUAUCCACAAUGAAAAACUCGUCAGCUUCAAUUACGAGAGGAUCAAGUACUGGAUCGGUUGCGGUGCUCACCCCACUAAGCCCGUGGCCAAGCUACUAGGGCUGGCAGGAUUCUUCCCUCUGCACCCGAUGACCGUGACGCAGGCGGAGCGGAACAGGAAUGCGCUAGCGCUGACGGAGGAAGGUGGCAGUGCGGAGCAGGACCCAGAGACCGAGCAGAUGGAAGCGUAGUGCUGCACCUGAGCCUGCUGAAGGACCUGGCCGCCUGUUCCAGGACCGAGCCUUCUCACACUUUCACGCCGCUGCUGAGAAACUUCGCGUGGUUGCUUUGUGCGCUCCUGGGACAUUGGCACAUGUAAUUCAUAUGAUAACCGGAAUUUCUUAGCCUUUAUUUUUGGUUUUCUGCACAGAUGGCACACAAUCCAUUUGUUUGAUGUCUUUUUUUGCAUUUAAUUUACCGAUAUUUUUUGGGUUCAAUAAAGUAUUGUAUGUGAAAUAAA